CUUCACUAAUUUAUUAAUUCAUCAUGAGUGUAGCACAUUUAGAAAUUCUUACUGAUUCAAACAACUUUCAAUCUUCUCAUAUUAAUUCUGCAUCGCAGAGUAUUUUCUAUGAUAAUGAAAAUUAUGAUUAUUCUCAACAAACAGAUUCUAUUACCAUCCCAUCUCAAUUAUAUUCUGAACAAUCUCAUUUUAUGAAUCAAAACGAUUUAUCAAAUCAACAAUAUUCAAUCAAUCAACAAUUACUUAAAAGUAUACCGAUUCAUCCAACCAAAUUUUUUUAUCAGCCACCAAAUGUUCCUUUCAAUUAUCACAUUAAAUGUGAAAAAAUUUCUAACCAAUCAUUAAAUAAGUCAAUUAAUAAACAAUUAAAAGAAAAUGAAUAUACAUUUUUUUAUUUACAAUUAAGUGACUACCAAUCUUAUCAGAUAACAUGUGAAAUGUUUACUCCUUUUUCGAUUAAUAAUUAUUUGAAUAAAAAUAUUUAUGGUAUCGAAGUUGAACAGAUACAAGAAGAGCUUGCUAUAUUUACACCUUAUCACAAAGAAAAUCUUAAAUCCUAUUUAACACAAUACCUAAGUUAUUAUAUACUUAAUUAAUUAAUUUUGAACAUUAUUAUUAAUUACACUAUCUAAUAUAGAAUUUAAUAGUUAAUUUGUAUAUUUAUAAUUAGAUAUUUUAAUUAAGGAUUUUAUAAAAAAUCGCCAUAGCGAUAUGUCGCAAGUG